ACGACAGCAAGUUGUGGUGGCCACUUCAGAAUUUGUGAUUUUCAUAAAACCAAUCCAGGCUCCUGCUGUGUCUGCCACUGACAGCUCUGAUAUUAAUGCUAUCAGCUGCACAAAGCUGUAAUCAAUACAACCAAAUCUAUGAUCUAUGUGCUACUUUUAUUUAAAUGCCAUGCUGCCAAGUAUGAGAGACAUUCUCAACACUUACAAAGAACCAUAUGCUACCGAUCAAAACCUUCGGAAAAUACAACUCUAUUCAGGAACAUAAUUAGCUCAGCUACAAAUGGAGCCAAGCCCUACGUUUAAAUAUCUUGGAACUUUAUAGUCUAUAUGAAGACCAGUUCUUAGAAGCUACAGUUUCUUUCUCUCACCUGUUCUUAUUGCAAUCAAUUAUCUUUACACCUUAUAUCUCUCACUCUAUUCAACUUUUUUUUCUCUCUCUCUUUAACAUUAUUAUUUUCAUAUAUUCACUUGUUUUCUUUCCAUCCAAUUUUUUUUUGAUUUCCUUAACACCAUCAUCUAACCAUUAUUUAUUCUUGUAGUUUUGAAUACUAGUGUCUUUGAAUAACAACAAAUAUAACAAUACUACUAAUAAUAAUAGUAAUCACACAACAAAAAAAUAAUAAACAAGUGAAACGAAAAAGAGAGAGAGAAAUAGGAAAUUUCCCAAAAAAUACAAGAAAUAUUAAAUUAUAAAAGGAAAUUUUUAACAUUGAAAAGGAGAAAAAAAAAUUUACAAGUUGUAGAAAAAUAAAAGAGGUAAAAAAAGAAGCAUAAAUUUUUAAAGAACUAAUUGAAAUCAAGCGAAAGUGUGUUGCAGUUAUUGUAACUACACUCAAAUACUUUAAAAACCAAUUGCGAACUGUGGUUAUAAACACAUAUAAACACAUAUUUAUACUACAGUUAUAUACAUAUUAUAAUAUAUAUAUAUAUAUUUAUAUACACACAUACAUGUUGACAUUUAUUUGGUGAUAUAUUAAAAGAAAAUAUACAAGGAUAUCUGCACGCAGCCACCCACAAACACACAUACAUACACACAUGCAUAUAUGCAUAUUCUUUCACUGAUUAAUUCAGAUAAUCUGUAAAAUGAACAAAUUAUCAAACUGUAUGAUAUUAUUCAAAGCAGAUCAAAAGCAAAACAAAAACAGAGAAAAAGGAAAACGCAAAAAAAAGUAAAAAGAAUAAUCACAAUCCAGUUUCCUUUGUCAGGGAUUGAACCAUUGGAAACUGUUGAACAUUCUGGUCCCCGACCCUACCCUUUUUUGUUUAAAGUUCGAGUCUCUUGUCUUUCAUUCAUAAAUUCUUCAGUUGUCUUUAAAAAAAAAAAAACCGUUUUCCAAGCAACAGUGAUAUGGCAAACAUGAACCAAAUCAAUCUUGAUUUUAUUAAAAAUGAAAGUGCUUAUGAUUUAAACUUGACCACUACAUUGAGUUCAAGCCCCUCCCAGCAACAGGAUUCAUCUCACACUUAUAACUUGGUCACCUUUUAUCUUAUGGGUGUUGGUGGCAUGACAAUCUGCUGCCUUGGUAUCAUCGGGAAUAUACUCUCUUUCAUUGUGUUGACACGAAAAACGAUGAAGUCUUCGACGUAUACAUAUCUAUCUGGCCUUGCCAUUUGUGAUUUGCUGGUGUUGAUCACAUCCGUACUUAUGUUCCAUAAAGAUAUCAAAUACCCUGAACGAGGGGUAAUCUAUUGGACAGAUAACUACUACUCAGAAAUGUUUCCUAUUGUCCAUCCACUGGCGGUUACCUUCCAAAUAACGUCAGUAUGGUUGACAUUAGCAUUUACUGUAGAUCGUUAUAUUAUGAUAUGCCAUCCUUUCAAAGCAGAGCGCAUGUGUGAUAUUUCAAGAGCACGCCGGGUGGUUCUGGCACUGUACCUUGGAGGAGUUAUUUUCAAUAUUCCACGGUUCUUAGAAUAUGAGACAAACACUGUAGAACUACCAAAUAAUAUCACAAGGGUUUUCAUCAAAUUUACAGAACUUGGCCAGAAUGAGGUCUUCAAAACAACUGUGCACUUGUGGCUUUAUUUUAUUUUUGUUUGUUUAAUUCCAUUUUUCACUAUGGCCAUUUUAAAUGCAUUCUUAAUCCAUGCAGUUCACCAGUCAAGGAAAAGGGGCAAGGCAAUCAAUGCUAAAGAAAAACGCCGCAAUGACACAACAGUUAUGCUUAUAGGAGUUAUUAUAAUAUUUUUCAUUUGUCAAACCCCUGCUUUGAUUUCUCGAAUGAUGUGGUCACUGCCAACCACAGUGACGUCAACGCGGUACCGCUUGUUAAAUGAAAUCGGAAAUUUCUUAGUUAUAUUAAACUCUGCAACUAAUAUCAUUCCAUACUAUUUUUUUGGACAACGAUUCCGGAACGAGUUCUGGAGAAGCUUUUGUUUCUGUUUUAUAGGUAAGGAAAAUGUCCGACGCCUUGCAAGGAGUAUGAGCCUCUCGUUCGAUAGAAGAUUUAGCAAUGCUAGCACCAUUGUCCGUGCCAUAGAACUGAAUGGGCUUCCAACGCAUGAUGGGCAACGGUCACAAAAAGAUAGUGGUGCUAGCGCCCAACAGAGAGAUGGCACCAAUGGCACGGCGCUAGUUCUUGACCAGCACAAGACUCGGACAGUUUUGCUUAGCAAGUACAACACAGACAGGUCGAACUUAUGGACCAGUCUGAAACAGAAGCUUUUACCCAAGAACAAGCAACAACAUGCCACAGAUAUAGGUAUAGGGAUCAUGGAUGGUGAUAUGGAGUACAGUGGGGGCAGCGGUGGAGGGAGUAUCAUAAGUGCUGGAAGCAUUGGUAUGUAUGUUGAUGAUGAUGAUGUCGACGGAGGUGACGGUGGAGUUGGCUGCAGCAGUGACAAUUGUAGGGAAGGUGGUGGUGGUGGUGGUGAUGGUGGUGGUGGCGGUGACAGUGGUGGCGGUGGUGACAGUAGUAACACACAGGGCUCUCAUCAGCAACAUCAACAACAGCAUCCCCACCAACAACAUCACCAGCAUCAUCACCACCACCACCAACAACAGCAGCAGCAGCAGCAGCAACAACAACAACAUCACCCCCAUCCCCAUCACCAUCACCGCCAUCAACACCAGCACCACCAACAUCAAGAGCGUCACCAUUCGGGUAAAAAAUUACGUUACAAUUUCAAACCUAGACAACUUACUUCUCUAUGUUUAAGAUACCAAAAGACAGACGGUACCAUAUGAGAAUUAUGAUGAUGGUGAUCAUGAUGACAAAAAUGAUGAUGAUGAUGAUGAUGAUGGACAAUCACGAUGAUGAUUACAAAACAAAAAAAAAUAAUCUCAAAACAAGAGGUAUCGCGAAAUUAAAGAACGAAAGGGAGAGAGAGAAAGGAGGGGGAGGAAGAGAGAGAGAGAGAGAGAGAGAAAUAGAGAAACUGCGAGAGAGAAUGUGGUAAAGAUGUCUUUCACUCACAUCACAUAAAAACUUUAUUACAAAUUUCAUGAAUGGGGUUUUUUUCUGUUUUUUUUUUCCGUUAUUUUUUUAAGCUAUUUAUUGUACAAUAAUAAUAAUAAUAAAAAAAAAGACUUGUCUAAGAAGUUAAAUGCAUGCAAAAUUAUGCAUGUUCAAGAAUGAUAA